GAACCAGCACAUCGCCAUUCGGCCAUUUCCCCUCCCGGCCUCUCCUCUCCCCCCGCCGCCGCCGCUGGGAGUCGGGAACAGAUUCACCGUCGCCGUGCCGGACGUCCUCCCCACCCCCGUGCUGCUCCUCGAGCUCCUCGCCGCCGUCGCGCCGGUCGUCCUCCCCAUCCCCGUGCCGCUCCCAGAGGUCCUCAUCGUCGUCUUGCCGGUUGCCCUUCACGUCGCCGCGGCGGUCGUCCUCGUCCCCGCAUCCCUGACUCCCAGAGGGCACGGGCCUCAGGAUGCAAUCUUUGCUCCGGAAUGUCUGCCGAGCCGGAAGCCGUGGAGCUGCUGCGAGGCUCCGGGAAUUUGCUGCUCCUGUAGCCACACAGCCGUCGGUUGCCCAGUCAUCCCCGGCCAUCCAAUACCAAAAGCCUUACGGAUUCAGUCGUCUUACCGUGAGUCAGAUCAUUCUCCGUGAUGGUGUUCCUGCCGCCUCUGGUUUCUACGCGAGAGCUCUCAUGAUGAGGGGCCUCUCAACGGUGGGAAAUGCUGAGGUUGCUUCCAGCGAGGAUGAUUCCAGCUCUCCUGCGGUUGAGCACCCCAUGCGCAUCAAGUUUAAGAGGCCCGACAAGACUGCCAGGCACAUUAUGAAUAUCUUGAACAAAGAGGCAGUUGAAAAGGUCCGCUCCGAGAGGGAGAUUCCUGAUGUCCAACCUGGAUGUAUCAUUCAAAUGAGAUUGCAAGUUCCUGAGAACAAACGGCGUGAGUCUACAUUGAAAGGGAUUGUGAUAGGAAGGCGUAAUGCUGGGAUCCAUACAACUUUCAGACUGCGUAGAUUAGUAGCUGGUGUUGGAGUUGAGUCUGUCUUUCCGCUCUACUCACCAAACAUCAAAGAAAUCAAGGUCUUGGACAGGAAGAAAGUCAGGAGAGCUAAGCUGUAUUACCUGAGGGACAGGAUGAAUGCACUUAGGAAAUGAGACAGGUUCAACUUGUUUUUAGGAAUUUGUCCUGUGGAUUUGCAUGGUUUCUGAAGAUGCAAAAAUUGCAGUUUGAGAAUCACAUUGUUUAGUUCCAGUUUUGAAAGGCAGUUUGUAGUUCCAUGCUUGGUUUCAACUUCCAAGCAGCAAGCACCAGUAGAGAUACCGCUUUGUGAUUCAUAGUUAACAUAUAUGGAUUAGUCCUAUCUGAGUUGCAGAUGCUACUGUGGCCUCAGCGCAGAAAUAAUCUUGCCCCCCGGAUCUCUAGCUUCACUUUAUCUUCAAAUGUGAUUCUCCACCUGUUUCAUUUUGAGGACAUUCUUAUUAGUACCUGUUUGUGGUUGGCACAAGAAAAUUGUAAUGUUUCAGCUCACCUUCCUGCUGUCAAUAUCAGCAGUUCUCUAUCAACUCACUAGUGCUUGUACGCAAGAAAAAAAAAGAUCUUAUGAUAGUACAACGAUUCGAUCAAUACUACUUUUAGUUCCAUUCAACAA